CAUCCAUCCCCUCUCCUCUUUCCAGUACCAAAACAGAUGGUGGAAAAAUCAUCACAUCUGCCGGGACGCACGACAACAAUAGACAGCAUCUAGCCCAAGAUAACCGGGGCGUCCAUCAUGUUUGCUGUCCAGAGCUCCAUGAGGGUGUGAGCGCCGUCGGGAUUUUUGACACGGGGUACCAUCACGGCAGCCGAGGAUUCUUCUCGCGACUGUCUGGGCUCUCCAUCGAGUGGGGAAGAUGGCCGCCAUGAAAAUUUUAACCAGCAGUGGGCUGUUCUUAGCGUUCUGUGCGUUGGGGUUGCUAGCCAUGGCAAUCUGCACCGACUAUUGGUAUGAGACAGAUGCGCGAAGACACCGAGAAAGGUGUAAAAACUACGCCAACAAGAGAAACGACCCGGGGUACAUCUAUAUCUCAAAUAGCAAUCUCCCCCUCCAGAUGCCCCCAAAGGGCAUUGAAAGGAAAGGUAACAGUCCAAGUGCCGGAGCUCAGCCUCUUAUUAGGGAAAAACGGCACUUUCUGGCCGCAGCGUCAGCUAUGGAGUCCCACUGCAGUCGCCAGUUCAAUUCAACCAUCUCUGGGCUCUGGAGAAAGUGUCAUCGAGAUGGAUUUGACCUGGAGACAGAGGAUCUCAUAUAUAAAGGAUUGAUUCAGCGGUGCAUCCCAGUCAAGUAUCACUACUCUUCCUCCAUCCUUCCGCGAAAUUUACCCAUCAACAUCACCAAGACCAUCCGUCAGGAUGAGUGGCAUGCACUCCAUCUACGCAGGAUGACGGCUGGCUUUGUGGGCAUGGCCGUGUCCAUCAUCCUGUUUGGCUGGAUUAUCGGAGUGCUGGGCUGCUGUCAGCAGCAUGACCUCAUGCAGUAUGUAGCUGGACUACUCUUUCUCAUGGGAGGAACGUGUUGUAUCAUCUCCCUGUGUACGUGUGUGGCGGGCAUCAACUUUGAGCUGUCGCGUUACCCACGCUACAUGUAUGGCCUCCCAGAGGAUAUUAGCCAUGGCUACGGCUGGUCCAUGUUCUGUGCCUGGGGAGGCUUAGGCCUCACUCUGCUGGCUGGUUUCCUGUGCACCCUGGCCCCAUCCCUAAGCACCCCCUCCCGUACAACCGUCCACAAGCCCAGACAGGAGAACGGAACCGUGUGAUGGGACUGUGUGACUGGCCCACAAAGCGCACAAAUAAGCAACACCCAUCCAACUUCGUCCAACGUUUUUGUCCAACCACCAUCUCACCUCAUCACCUUCCCUGUCCAUACCACCUCUGUCAUCCAUCUGAAUCAUGAGUGUACCAGAGAAAUUGUACAUGGGAGAACAGAGCAAAGACAUACCAAACUGUACUAUUUACUGUACAUCUAAGACACACAGACAUGGCAAGACUACUAACUCUAUGGCAGCCUAGAGGAAUUGUCUUAAAAUGGUGCUCUCUUUUAACACACACAACACAGAACACAGUCCAAAAGCGUAGAAAGAAACAACAAGCAUCUCUAAAUGGAACAAUCCAACAAACAAGAAAACGUGGCAGAGCAUCCUGUCAUCAUUCCUCUUUUAGUCGGUUGGUCUGUACUGUGUUUGUUAUUGUUCGCAACAAAAUAUUAUGCUGGCAUAAACUGUCCGUUGUUUUGAAUCAGCUGAUUGAUGUCAAGCAUUAUCCCUAGGAAGGACUUUACAAGCCUAAAACCUGCUUCUUGCAGCAGAGGACCAAGAGCACAACAUGGAAAUGGCAGGGGUGGAACAGCAAGAUAAAAUACAGCGCUUUUGAAGAGCAAAUCUUUCAGCGCUUCUAUGAUUCAGUAUGUACAAAUGCAUCUCUAUGUAGAUUCAGGUCAUUGUUUGUAUAAAGUAACUCUUGAAUAAGAUUUUUUUCCUGUUUGUUUCGAGGUAACAAUGGCAAUUUGGGUCUUCAGUGGUGUUGUUUGCUGGAAUAAAUUGUAUGCUUCAUGAUUAGAAGAAUAAGAGUGAUUGCAAGGCACAUUAAGUACUGUUUGAGAGUAGCAGAGGCAGUUAAAGGUCCAGUGCAGUCAAACAUGUGAUUUGUCUGUGUUUUCCACACUAUGAGGUUGGAAUAAUACUGUGAAAUGCUGAUAAUGCCAUUUUAGCGUAAGAGCUGUUUGAUCAGUUGUCCCCUCCCCACUCAGACCAUUCCCAGACAGUCCUAGCAACAUUCUUGCUUGAGAAAUUGCUCUUUGCUAAGAAGCUAUUUUAAUUGAAAACAAUCACAGUGAGCUACUUAAUUAUAACCCAGAAAUGAUUUGAUAUUGAGAUAAAAACAUCUGCAUUGGACCUUUAAGGAUCAGUAAAUAUUGUAUGUUGAAGGACGGGGUUCAAUGAAUAAAAAUGUAACCUUCUGGUAACACAUUCAAACUUAGAAACAAUGACAGACGG